AUGGAGCCUUUGAUAUCUUCCCGGCCGGUGUCUUACGUGCGCAGAGCCGGCAGGGCCGCCUCGUACCCGCUGCGCGGCAUCUGGUACUUUAGCCGAACAAGGGAAUUCUGGCCGCUGUUCCUUGGACGUCUACUGCCUCUUUCGCUAAUCUCGCUCGUCGUUUACUUCAUUUUAUUCGCUUUCGCUUUCCUGCCGCAAUUCGCAUUCUUGGCAAUUUUCCACGGCUGGGGCGCAUGGGUAAGCGCAGUCGUGCUGGUGCUGGGCGAAGGACUGGUCAUUAUCCAAGGUCUCUUUGAGGGCUUCUUUGUCGAUGAAUGCCGCGUCGACGUAUUUGAUGCCACUUUGAUUCAGAACUCGCUCGAAGACCUGGUGGCUCCCCACCGCGUCUUGUAUCCCGACGCGCCGAAUGCCGUUCGAAUGCUUGGCAAGCCCACCAGCCCUGCCAUAUACACUCCAUGGAGCAUCAUUCAGAUCAUCGAACUUAUCGUUUUUCUGCCUCUAAAUCUGAUUCCCUACGUUGGAACUCCGGCAUUUAUUAUGAUUACUGGCACACGACUUGGAAAGCUGGCGCACUACCGCUACUUCCAGCUUCGCGGUUUGUCCAAGUCGGAGCAGAAGAAGGAAUUGAAGCGCCUCGGCUGGGAAAACGUUUGGCGCGGCAACGCGAUCUGGAAGCGGCUGCAGACCCAGCUGCGCCUCCUCCAUACACAGAUUCGUUUGUAUAAUUACAAACAAAUGGGCCUGCAUAAUCAGGUCAACCUGCGUCGGGCCCCCGUCACCCUUCGUUCUUUUCUGCACUCAUUACGCUUCAAUUUUGGGAGCUUCUCCCUCCGUUUCUUUAAUACCACCCCUCAUUCUACCCUCUCUGGUUUCGUCAACACCGAUUGGUUAUCGUCAAUGAUCUCUCUCGCCGCCAAGGGCCCAUUUCUGGGCUGCUGGCUGUUUGCCAGCUUGACGCUGAGCUCGCCUGAGCAUUCGGACAACUACUCCGGUCCUUCCGUCAGCUCCCAUUCUACUACGGUCUCCAGCUUCAUGGCCGAUAUCUGCAAAGCCGAGUCUACCAAAACUGUCUUCGUCACCCUGAGCUCGCUUAGCAAGCAAUCCACUGCUUCGAUUCCUGCUGGAGCAAACGUUGAGACUACAACCAUCAUUGUGUCUCCUGUUCAAUCGCACGCCAAGACUGAUGCACCUGUCGAUGCCGCUACAACUGACUCUGCUCCUGCCUAUGAGCCCAGCUCAGGCCCCUCGAGCCACUCAGAGGCUAGUCAUCCUACAUCGGAUGUCUCGUCUCUAGAGUUUUCCACUGUUUCCCGUACGAUCUUGGCUACCCACACUGUUACUCUCACUGUUGUACCUGCAAGGAAGGGUCCUACCUCAACCGAGAGCGGUGCUGCGUAUGACGCCAAAAGUACUGGAGUCAGCUCAGCUGUGACCAAGUCGCCUUCAAACGUUGCAACGUGUAUCACGCAUACUGUUGUUGGCCCUGAUGGCCGUCCCACCGUCGUUGAAUCAAUUAUUAUCACGGAGCCAGCUGCAACUUCUGCAUCUAUGGUUCUGGGAACUGCAGUCCCAGCCAAUUCAGCCUCAGCCACAGCGCCUGGUGUUCCGGUUCCCUCUUACAGUGGCACCAUUACUUCAGGCCUGCCCAUCCACACCAGUUUCACUGCUAUCGGUCCUGAUGGCUCCCCAACCAUCAUUGACACGACGUGGAUCAUUCCCGUGCCCCCUACUUCGGUCAUGUCUGGCCUCAAUCCGCUUCCCUCGGGAGUCAUUUCUUCAGGGCGAGUCGUCUCUGGCCUUCCUUCUAACGCUGUUUCUGGAGCUACCACCGAGAACCCUACAACUUCUGUUAUGGGCACUCCGACCUGCACUACUGUCACAGUCGUGGGACCGGACAUGCGUCCAACCGUCACGGAGCUGACAAUUAUCGCGCCAACGGGUGCUCCAGCUGCCACAACUUCCAUUAUUGCGCCCCUGCCAUUUGUGGCCUCAGCUUCCAUGACAAAUCUUGCUAGUCAGCCGCCUAUUACAAGCAACAGCGUGGUGACUACCAUUACAUGGAAAGUUAUUGGUGCAGACGGCACUGUAUCUGCAAUCAUUCAGACCAUCACCGCCCCUUCAGGUUCGACUGUUGCUGAAAUUCCCACGUCACUUCCCACGGCUGUCACUGCCGAUAUCCCGUUCCCAGGGGCUACAAGAUCUUCGGGUAGCGUGCCGUUUCUCACGCCGUAUGGCACUGCCAGUACUAGUGGCCAAGGCCCAGCAAGUGUUGUCUCCAUUGUCUCGGGCGUGAACUCAAUACCCAAUUUUGUGCCUGUUCCUUCUGGGGCUGGAAUACUUCCAACCAUUACAGGUGAACCUCCGGCAUACGGGUUCGACACUAUCUUGCCUCUUUCUUCAUAUGAAACCCCAAUCGGUUCACAGAAAACUAUUGGUGCUUCUCCAAUUCAGUACGGCACAAGCUCUUCGGACAGUGAUUGGAUUUCUUCUAUCCUUUAUGGCUCUUUCCCAACACCAACUCCUCCCGCAACCCCAUUACCUGAUACGCCUGUACCUGGUACUCCUUUGCCUGGAACGCCUGUGCCUGGGACGCCUGCGCCUGGAACGCCUGCGCCUGGAACACCUGCGCUUACACCUGAGCCCACAUCUGAGUCUACGCCUGAGCCUACGCCCAAGAUGUCACCAAAUCCCAUCCCGCCGGUCAAUCCCGGCGAAGUGACGACACUCGUAACCAGUACAUGGACCAACGUUAUUCCCGAACAGACCACUACCUACGUGAUCAAAUUCCCGUUGACCACAUUAGCGACUAUCACAGUUCCGCGUGGGCCAGCAUUCCGCAAAAGGCUCUUGAGAAGACAGAGCUCCUUUGACACUUUGUUUCCCUUCUCAAACUCAACCAUCACCCCAUCCACUUCUACGGAGGAUACGCCUUUGACUUCAAGUCUUACAUCAGAACUGGUGACGCCAAUUACGACUACCCCGUCGCUAACAAACACCGCCCCAUUCCCUUUUACCGAAAAUACGUCUUUGAUGUCAAGUCUUACGUCCCAAUUGGAGACACCGAUUUCGACGCCCCCGUCGCCAACAAGCACCAGUCCAACAAGCACGAUCCCAACAACCUUCAUAAACACCCGAACAAUUGCACCUGCAAAUCCGUCUUCCACCGUCUGUGCUUCUGGUGGUGACAAGGUCGGCAACUCAACUGUGACUUUCGAUAAUCUGCUCCCUGGCCCUCUUCUGAAUCCUGCUGGUGACCUGUGGUUCUCGGAGGGCUUCCUCGUGGCACCCCCUUCCUCACCACCGUCGGAUGCCUAUCUUCCAUCAUCGGGCAGCCAACUGGUAGAAUUUCUUCCACCAGCUUUGGUCCCAGAUGCCCCGUUCGAUGGAGCUGGUGAUACGGCUGAAAUCAGUGUCGGCCCAAACGAGAGAUCUCCCUGCUUCCGCUUCAACUUCUACGGGGCCAGCCUGGGUUGUGCAGCAGAGGGAGUGGAGCAGUGGUGCGAAUUCGAAUUCUCGGCAUACACGUAUAAUGAGACUUCGGAAGAGAAUGUUGCUGUUAUUUUGCCUCGAUUUCUUGGAGGGGUGGUAUUGUGCUCAAUUUAUGAUCGGUGCCUUUGGUAUGGAUUGGAGGGAACAUAA